AUGGAUGAGAAUCUCCUAAAAACAACAAGAGCAUCUGAAACGGAAAGGUUUGAAGAAAAUAUUCAGGAUGAUUUGCCUGCAGAUAUUUUGGAAAAGCUCCAUCUGAUUUCACCCAACGGAAACCUGAAAAAAGCCGCCAUCCUUCUUUUUCAUCCAAAGCCUGAAAAACUGUUUACCGGUGCAACGACUAAAAUAGGAUUUUUCAGAACUGAUGAUGAUUUAGCCUUUCAGGAUGAGGUAAAAGGCUCCCUCAUUGAACAGGCGGAUAAAGUAAUUGAAUUGCUACUUACCAAGUACUUAAAGGCACAAAUCACUUAUAAUGGAUUACAGCGAAAGGAAAGUUUUCCUGUGCCCCCUGCUGCCCUUCGUGAAGCCGUUCUGAACGCCAUUGUACACAAAGAUUAUUCGAGUGGAAUUCCUAUUCAGAUCAGCGUUUAUGAUGAUCAGCUGAUUAUUUGGAAUGAAGGUGAACUUCCGGACGAUUGGACCGUUGCCAAACUGAAGGUGAAGCAUCCGUCCCGUCCAUACAAUCCCGAUAUUGCCCAUGCUUUUUUCCGUGCCGGACUUAUUGAAUCGUGGGGACGUGGAACGAUAAAAAUACUAAAUGAAGCUAAGGCCGCAAAAAUCCCUGCCCCUAUUUUCCGGUAUGAUGACAGCGGUUUUUAUGUAGUUUUUAAUUUUGAGAAGAUAAGUAUUGAACAAAAGGUUUUGGAAUUGAUUAAAGAAGAUCCAAAAAUUACGGUUGUAAGAAUCAGUGAAGCUUUGGCUGUGAACAGCAGAACUAUAUUGAGAACCCUAAAGGUUCUUCGGGAGCAUUCAAUUAUAGAAAGGAUUGGAAACAACAGAACAGGGGAAUGGAAAAUUCUAUAA